UAUUUUUCAUCGCGACCCCCCCUUUGUCGCUCAGAGCAAAACAGCAACUGACAGCACACGGCCGCGAUGACAGCAUGGCGGGGAGAGCACUGGUCAUCUUGGUCACUUCGGUCGUCGGGACCGUCCUUCCGAUGAGCAUCCUGUGUCCGUGCCGACACGAGGCCGGAUUCAAAUGUCCCGCUUUGUCCGCGGACGGUUGCGAGAUGGUCAGGGACGAGUGCGACUGUUGCGACGUGUGUUCCCGGGACAGGGGCGAGUCUUGCGGCGCCGAGGCACCGAGGUGCGCUUCGGGUCUGGUCUGCAGGCAUCCAGAAUGCAGGAAGUUCGUGCAAGUUCAAGGUGGUAUCAUACCGGCGUGGUGCUUCACUCUUCCCAUGGGGCAAAGCGGAACCUGUCUCCCAGAAGGGAGCGGUGAUUUCUUGAAUCUGAAGGCGAAUAGUCUGACGUCACAUCAUCCGGGAACUGCCUCCAAGUGUGGGCCCUAUCCGUUCUGGUGUCCCAGGGUGCAGUUCGACAUGAUCUCGAGGUGUCACGUGUGCGCAGAGAAAUGGGAUCACGUGGACAAAGCAAACAAGGCAGACAGUUUCAAGCAUGGAGACUGCUCCUUCGAAGGCUUAGUCAUCGCAGACGGCUCCUAUGAGAAAAUCAACGACUGCACCAGGUGCAGCUGCAACGACGGCAAGCUCCACUGCAGCUCCAUGCAGUGUUUCUACUCCCAGGACUGUGCUGAGGUGGAGAGAAUACCCGGGCAGUGCUGUGCAGCGUGUAAGGGUCCACAAGAGGGCGCGCAUGCGUUUCAGGGAAGCAAGCGAGUGUAUGCGAGAAGACAAAUAAACAGCCUUGCUCGGUCGUCGUGUCGUUUCGGCGAGAGAGAGAUCCCGGAAGGGAUGUGGGUGGCGGUGGGGCCCUGCGAACAGUGCUACUGCAGCGACGGUUUCUUGUCCUGCAUGGUGGUGUCCUGCCCAACAACGUCGUGUGCGAACCCCGUGUACGUGUCAGGUGUGUGCUGUCCCGUCUGCUUACCGGACAGCGCAGACUCAACCCUACCAGACGCCAUUACGGGGUGACGUCACUUCCGGAUCCGGUUCACACGGCAUCACAGUGGCGAAGUCUCGACACAAACAACUACGUUGUUCGGAAGCCUUUUUUCCUUCCUGGCUGCGUAGACUUUUCACAAUGAAAUAUCCUACAAUGUCUGCUUAGAUGGACAUAGUAUUUCACUUUGAUGGAUCGGAUACCUUGUAGAUAUGAGCUUACAUAUGAGCUGGAACUUUCAUUAACUCUAGUUGGCGAAACCAUCUAUAUAUCCAGUGUCUAAUAUAAUGCACUAUAGGUUCUAUUAUUUAUAACGCAACUCUUACGAAAAGACUGGAAUCUUUAUCAUCCAUUGAUGAAAUGGUCUACAAAGUCCUUGUAAAUAACCAUGAAUAGACGUAAUGAGAGGCCAAUAUAAAUUAUAUUUGUAAAUUAAAUAGAUUUGCUCUAUAGUACCAGCAACCCCUAUUCUACCUCCUUUUGAAAUAGACUAUUAGAUAUGAUAUGUCGUGAACACAUGCGUAGAAGUGCUAGACGUGUGGCAGCGAAACAAGAGUUGGACGCCCUCUAUGUAAAGCUAUAUGAAAUGCAAGUAUAUGCAGCAGCUAUGGGUUCAAUAUAGUUUCAUUGACUGUUAUAAAGUAUAGGGUAACAUUGUCAAAAGAAUUAACUACAUAUAACCUGUUGCUGAUGAUGGUUUAGAACCGAUAUAAGAAAAACAUUUAGACCAAAAAUAGGUCUUCCAACAUUCACGUAAUCAGGACUACUAUGCCAGUAUGCCGCAACAAUUCAAAUACAUUAGAUCAUAGACACGCCUCUAAAGUAUGUACACAAGUUUUCAACAUUUCUUAGAAGGUUAUCGCAAUUUAAAACAAUUCUUAGUGUAAGUCAUGAUCAAAACUGUUAUACCAAAUAAAUCAUCAUAUGGUCAUA